CGGGGCGGGCCUGGGCUGGGGCCCGGGCUGUGGCAGGAAGCCGGAAGCAGCCGCGGCCCCAACUCGGGAGACAUGGCAGGCGUUAAAGCUCUUGUGGCAUUGUCCUUCAGUGGAGCUAUCGGACUGACUUUCCUAAUGUUGGGAUGUGCCUUAGAGGAUUAUGGUGUUUACUGGCCCUUGUUCGUGCUGAUAUUCCACGCCAUCUCUCCCAUCCCCCAUUUCAUCGCCAAAAGAGCUACCUAUGACUCUGAUGCAACAAGUAGCGCCUGUCGGGAACUGGCAUAUUUUUUCACUACGGGGAUUGUUGUUUCUGCCUUUGGAUUUCCUGUUAUUCUUGCUCGUGUGGCUGUGAUCAAAUGGGGAGCCUGUGGCCUUGUGCUGGCUGGCAAUGCAGUCAUUUUCCUUACAAUUCAAGGGUUUUUCCUUAUAUUUGGAAGAGGAGAUGAUUUUAGCUGGGAGCAGUGGUAGCACUUUAUUCUCACAAAAUGCAUUUAAUUUCUCAGAAUUCAUACUAUAUGUAUAUGGUUACAAGUGACAUUUUACUACAAAAUUUAAUAUGCUGGGUUUUUUUUAAAUACCUUUAUAUCAUGUUCACUUUAAGGAAGACUACAUGGGAAAAUGAUUAGUUUUACUAACAGCAAAUAGAUCUCUCUGUUUAUUCAAGUUGAAUUAUAUUAUUCAUUUGGCUGUUCAUAUGGUCAUGGUGCCCUCAGAAAGUUUGUUCAGUCUUACAGACCUGUUGACUUUCACGGUGCUCCCAUGUCUGCCCUGGCAUGGGCUUGCGUCAGCAGAUAACCUGCUGAGCAGGUCUCAUUCUGCUUAGGACUUCCAAGAUACAUGGUGGCCCAGAAGACAGAGGUGUCUCUUCGUGUUGUAUAUCCUUGAUUCUCAUCGUGUGGUCCAUAUGCCAAGAGCAUCCACAUCUCUAGGAGUUUAUUAGGAAUGCAGAAUCCAAGGCCCCAACCUGAGCCCCGAGCAUUUUGAUGAGAUUCCAGGUGAAUCAUGGGCACUUUAAAGUUUGAGAAGUGUAGUCCCAGAGGAAUAAGCUUCGUUCUUAGCUUCCUUGUCUCCUCCUUGACUGAACCAUUUAAACUCUCUGAUAUUUAACUGCUCAUUUGUAAAAAUUGCUUCACCUGCCCUCAUGUCGUGCCUGAGCCCAGAUUCUGAUAUUUGUAAAAUGUCCACACGUAUAACAUAUAGGUUUAGAUCCUCAAGUUUGGGAAGUGUUCUCAGUAGGGAACAGCUAUGCCUUCACACUGUAUGAAAGGCAGGGACUGUUUUCACAGUGCUGGGGAGGACAGAAUAAUUUAAGAGCCCCACCAGUUGCAGGUGAGGGAGGUUAAGCUGGAGUGAUUUGCUACUUAUGCAGGAUGGGGAAGCGUAGAUAGGUAUUACUGUUUAAAGUCCCUUUGUGAUCUGAUACCCCCCCGCCCCGCCCCCAGCAGUUCUUAUUUUCCUUUACUUCAUCAUGGAGCUGGCUUCUCCUUUCUCGAGAGACACAGAGCCAAGUAAGCAAGCAGAGGGUGAGCCUCUUCAUUUUAUUUACGUGUUGAUGUACUUAACUGUCUUUCAUGUCCAGUAGGACACACACACAUAUAUUUUUUACAUCUUUAAAUGAAUCAUUGGGAAUAUAUGUCACGUUGGAUCCCGUAACCACAGUUUUUCUAGCUUAAUUGUUUUGCUCAAGACCUAUUGAGAAAAGAAAAUAUGGGAAGUAGAACUACUUGAUCAAAAUAUAAAUGAUUUUUAAAGCAUUAUUAAUGUAUGGUAACUGACAUGUUCAAAAUACCAAACCUUUGAAAUUUGUAAUAAUGAUAAUUAGCACCCCCCCACUCCAUCGUUUCCUAGAGUGAUACUGUCGACCAGAAGAUAAAAGUGAUACCCAAAAGGAUAAUGUACAAAGUUAUAUUUUGGUCUUGUGAGUGAUUAUAUGUUUUCAAUGUUCUAGGUACAUGUAGAAUUGUUAAAGUUGUUAUUGCCAGUAUUUAUAUUAGAAAAAUUAUAUGCACACUUUAUAGUUUUAACCAGCAUUUUUAAUAGCACUUGCACUUACUGUGUUGUAAUAAAUUUCACUUUUAACAAAAAAGAGAAGUUUAAUUUUAAAAGUCUUUUUUUUUUUCUGAUGUACCCUUGCUUUAAAAGGAAACAAAAUGCUUAAGCGAGAAUUUCUUGGUAUUCUGCAGUGGACAUUUUUGAGCAAUCAUCUGUUCUGCAAUAGAAUAAUAGCAUUAAGUUUUAAAAUACCACUUUGAGUAUUUAGUUGAUGUACUAGCUUUUCUUUCUCUUAGAUGGUAAUAAUAAUUAAUUUAUACUACCUUUUGUAAAAGUACCUCUCUUGUUUACAUUCAGUUCAAAUAACAAGGUAGCCUUAAUAUGUAGCCUUAAAGCUUAUCUCUUGAUUGCAUUUCCAGAAUGAUAUAAAAUACUUGUAUAUAAAAUAUUUUUUGCUAUUCCUUAAUACUGAAGUUAUUCUUCUGUAAUGCCUAAGUGACAUUUAAGUAACACAUAGCUAUAGAAAGUAUCACUUUAGAUGAAUGUACCAUAUAGAAGUUUCAAUCUUGGUAACACAAAUUCAAACAUUUUUUUUUUCCUUAUGAAAUAUUUACUUUUUUCUCUAUACCAUAGGAUAUACUUUGAAGAUUCAAAACACAUUGAUUAUAUUUUAAAACCAAGACUACACUUAAUAAUUGCUCAUGAAUAAGUGACCUUAUGAAGGGAUUCUCUGUCAUGUGCCAAACAACUGGCUUAUAGGCAGACUUUAAAACACUUUCCCACAAAAUCAAUGUUAUGCUUUGGUGAUUGAGCUCCCAGGCCCAGCUUUCCAGGCAGGCUAAACCCUAAUGUAACUGACCAGUAACACCAAAGAUCUACCCAAGUUGGGGUCUUAGAAUAGGGUAGUGUGAACAGCUUGGAAGACGGAAAGUGCGAAUUUCUACCUUUUUCCCAGGAACAAGGUCUUCUUUUUUUGCAGCCACUUUCAUCUCCUAAUGUGCUUGCAGUCCAGGGACACUCUUUGAGGCCUGUUCACCUACUCUUGAUUCAUAACUUGCCUCCCAGCCUACCCAUCUCUUGAGGUUCUCCAUACUCCCACCAGUUUUCCUAGUAUAGAUGAAUCAUGUGGUUUAGGAAGAAAACACUUAGACCAAACUCCUCACAGAAAGAAUGAAUGACUUGUGAUCUUCCUGCCCACGUCUAAAAUGUAUUGAUCCCUGUAUCAAGCAUUUGCUGAAGCCUCUGGCAGCUACAUUUUCCAAGGACACUGGAACCCAGUGACUCAUUCACAGAAAAUGGCAAUGUUUCAUGGUGACGUGAAAAAGCAUUCCAACUGUUUAUACAAGGGUGAUAUUUUGGGACAGGGACAGUCCUCUCAUUUCUCAUCCCAUCCUCUGACUGCCCAGUUCAUCCUGUUUUUUCGUAGUUGUUUCUUUUCCUCUACCUUGAACCCCCAGAUUUUUCUUACAGCCUGCAUGGAACCUUUACAUCUGAGGUAUCUCCUUAAUGAAAAUGCUUCUGAUGUUGCUUUAUGUUACUUACAUUCCCUGUACCCUCAGGGAGAUGCUUAAGAAAUGUCACCAAAAUGUGCCUUUACAAAGUUUGCAAAGUUCGCAUUUUGUACUACAAUUUAACCAAAAUAUUUAUGAGGAUGUUGGCAUUUUCCAAACAGUAAUUAGUUCACAAGUGGGAAAUAUUGUUUCUAUUGAGGAAUGUAAGUCAUGCAUUUAAAUUUUUUCCUUUUGCCGUUUUGCCUCAUGAAGUACCUUAUUUACAAAAGUCCUGGUGUCUAAUGACUCACAACUUAUAGUCUGCCUAUGCUACUAGAGUAGAAGAGUGAUGCUUGUAACCCCGAACGUGGUGUGAAAGAUCCCCCCAAGACUGCUUUAGAAUGCAUUAUAUAUGUAUUAUGAGAAUAACUGCUUUUAAAAUAAAACUUGUCAUGUAUGCUUAAACAAGAACUUUUAUUUACAUUAUUAAACCAAAACAUUUAUAUUUGGCUUUGGGAUGCAUUAUGUUUGGGAAGGAGACCAGCAGAUUUAUCUCCCCAGUGUCUUUACUUGGAUAAUCUUCCUGUGAAUUUGGCUAGUUUUGAACCUGUACUUGUGGUUGAAGAGAAGCAGUCCAGGAAUGUGUGCGCCCUGGAAGGAUCCAAUUGCUGACUGCAGCUUUGCCAUGGCAAAGACUCUAAAGGUGGAGAAAGGUGGUGCAGGGCAUGGUUCAUCAAGAAUUGGCUGUUGGAAAAGGGAGAAGAACUCAACACUUUAAAAAGGUGCUUUGUAUAUUUUGAGAAGUUUUGUGCACCAUAGAAAGGAAUGCACUGAUGUACAAUACUACUUAAGGAAUAAUUUGUCCUUAUGUACAAAACAUUUGAGAAAGAUCAGAUGUUUUACAGGUAGAUUUAUUUUAAAUUAAUUUUUUUUCUUACAAUGUUGUAGUCCCCAUAGUUUUCCUGCCACUAUAUUACCUGUGAGCCAUCACCAUUAUUCCCUUGUGUUCUUCCUUCCCAUUUUGCCUCCUCUUCUGCCCCUACCGUUGCUGUAUGCCUCAAAUCUAUGGUCAACUUGCUAGUUUUGACUUUUUCUUGACAUUUUAUUUGGUUUCUCUAUAUUCCACAUAAAAGUGAAACCAUCUGGUAUUUACCUUUUUCCUUCUGACUAAUUUCACUGAACAUAAUCCCUUCCAGCUCCAUCCAUGUUGCUGCAAAUGGCAUGAGUUUGUCCUUUGUGAUCACUGAGUAAUAUUCCAUUGUAUAAAUAUACCACAGUUUUUUGAUGCAUUCAUCUAUUUGGGGAUAUUUAGGUUGUUUUCAUAUGUUGGGUAUUGUAAAUAGUGCUGCAAUAAACAUAGGAGUGCAGGUUUCCUUUCGAAUUAGUGUUUUUGUGUCCAUUGUAGAUUCCUA